AUGGCAACAAUUCCAUCUGAAACAGUUCUAGUUGCUCCUCCAAAUCCAGAAGCCACUCAGGAAGUCCCACAAAAUGUACAAGCAUUUAUGAGGGCAUAUAAUGAAUAUCGUGCAAUAUUAAAUGAAACAAGUCCACAGUAUAUUGAAAAUAAAGAGCAAAUCAUGCAAUUCUACCAAUCUCGUAUUUCAGAAAUUGAUAAUUACAAAGUAAUGCGAAAUGGAUUAAUUGAUCAGGAAUCCAGAUUCAGAGCUCAGAUAGCAACUGAUUACGCACAAGAUUGA